GAAUCAGAUUAUGAGAUUUAUAAUUAAGGAGCGAGUAAUCUCAUGUUUUUGAGCUUGAAAUUCAAUGGACAUUUCUGAAUUAAGGCAAUAGAAUAAAAACAGAACUUCUGUUGAGAGUUGCAGUCAGCAAACAUGUAUUAUUAGUGCGUUCUUACUUAGGACACAGGGGAAAGGGCGGCGGAGGAGGAGGAGGAGGAGGGCCCUGAGGCUCAAUUUCAGACUGCCACCUAAUACCGUAAGUCCACGUGUCAUCUCAUGACAAAAGGAGCAAAAUCCCAACGGCUAUGUCUCAUUCCCGCCCUCUACUUAAUAUGUCCUACAGAAUUCAACAGCAUCGCAUACCCAAUCAUCCUCCAUUACUUAUCCUCUCAAUCGUCCAUUCCCUUAUCCCUCAAAGCCCUCCCAAGAAACUCAAAACCCAUGACCAAGAUCGACGUCCUCCGUCGAUUCCUCCUCCCCUGCUUCUCUCCUUCCACUAACACCACCGCCAACAAGCUAACCACCAAGAAACGUCUCAGCACCUCCCUUCGCGAUGAUCUUCCUAACCCCAAAACCACCCAAGAAUCCCACAAUCAAGAUCAAGACCACGACUCAGCAUCCUCUGAAUCAACCAUCAACGCCAACAAUACUUUGGCCCCUUCACGUCCCUCGAAAACCAUGGUAGUCGGCACCAUUUUUGGGAACCGUCGCGGCCAUGUGUGGCUCUGCAUUCAACACGACCGCCUCUCCAUUAAACCUCUCCUCCUCCUUGAACUCUCCAUGCCCACCAAUCAACUCGUCAAAGAAAUGCAAUGCGGACUCGUCCGGAUAGCGCUAGAGUGCGACCGAUCCGACUUCAGUUCGUGCCCUCUUCGUUCGGUUCCGGUUUGGACCAUGUACUGCAACGGGAAGAGAGUUGGGUUUGCUCUAAGGAGGAAGGCGAGCGAUCAGAACCGUUUGAUGUUGAAGACCAUGCAAUCAAUGACGGUCGGGGCUGGUGUUAUUCCAUCCGGAUUCGGAUCAAUGGGUUCAGAGGAGAUCAUGUAUAUGCGGGCUAAUUAUGAGCACGUAGUGGGUAAUGCUGAUUCGGAGUCGUUUCAUUUGAUUAACCCAGACGAGUGCCCUGGUCAAGAACUGAGUGUUUUCUUGAUGAGGUCUGGGUAAUUUAUAAGCCUUGACGAGAUUGUUUCUUCAAAUUAUAGUCUUGUUUACAGGCGACAUGAAAACUAAGGGUCUUCGUGCUUGGAAAUUCUUUAUCAAGAAUUUUGAUAAUUAGGUGAUCCUGAUAAAGAAUCCGCAUUUAAUUAUAUUUGGUGCAAGAUUCAUGUCUAGCUAGCUGGUAAUUGUAAAAAUUUGUUUUUAGUUAGAAACUUAAUUUGGGUUUUCCAAACGUAAAAGCUAUUUGGCAGAAUUCAAUGCUUGAAAGUUCUGUAUCUGCAAAUUCUGAAUGAAUUGGAGAUGCUUAU